AUGUAUACUUCUGAACAUGUAUUGAAGAAUGAGAAUUAUAAAUGUUUUCAAGCUCUGUCAUCCGUGGUGGCUUUAGGAGCAAAUAUCAUCUGCAACAAAAUUCCAGGCUUGGCCCCUCGGCAACGAGCGAUCUGCCAGAGCCGCCCUGAUGCCAUCAUAGUGAUUGGAGAAGGGGCACAGAUGGGAAUCAAUGAGUGCCAGUAUCAGUUUCGGUAUGGCAGAUGGAACUGCUCAGCACUGGGAGAAAAAACAGUCUUUGGACAAGAGCUUCGAGUAGGAAGCAGGGAAGCCGCGUUCACCUAUGCCAUUACUGCUGCCGGGGUUGCGCAUGCUGUCACUGCCGCCUGCAGCCAGGGCAAUCUCAGCAACUGUGGCUGUGACCGAGAAAAACAGGGCUACUACAACCAGGAGGAGGGCUGGAAAUGGGGAGGCUGCUCUGCGGAUAUCAGAUACGGCAUCGAGUUCUCCAGGAGGUUUGUUGAUGCCCGAGAAAUCAAAAAGAAUGCACGGAGGCUGAUGAACUUGCACAACAAUGAGGCUGGAAGAAAGGUUCUUGAAGAGAGAAUGAAAUUGGAAUGCAAGUGUCAUGGCGUAUCAGGUUCCUGUACAACUAAGACCUGCUGGACCACACUUCCUAAAUUCAGAGAGAUUGGAUAUAUUUUGAAAGAAAAGUAUAAUGCUGCAGUACAAGUGGAGGUGGUACGAGCAAGUCGGCUCCGGCAGCCAACUUUCCUGAAGAUUAAGCAGAUUAAAAGCUAUCAAAAACCAAUGGAAACCGAUUUGGUGUAUAUUGAAAAAUCACCCAACUACUGUGAGGAAGAUGCUUCCACAGGGAGUGUUGGUACCCAAGGACGCCUCUGUAACCGUACAUCUCCCAAUGCGGAUGGGUGUGACAUGAUGUGCUGCGGAAGGGGUUAUAACACACACCAGUACACCAAGGUGUGGCAGUGUAAUUGCAAAUUCCACUGGUGCUGCUUUGUCAAGUGUAAUACGUGUAGUGAGCGGACAGAGGUAUUCACCUGCAAAUAAUAGCAUUUAAAUAAACAGAACAAGUCACUGCAAGUGGACAGAAAGUGGAGUACAACAAACAACUACAGCAUCAUUUUGCACAUCUAAUUUUCUUUGGGAAAAAACAAAAAAAACAAAAAAAAACCCACCCCAAAACCAAUC